AUGGUGCUCGCGCAGGAGCAUAGGGCAAUCGCUUUGUGGACGACUGACGAGAAUGGAUUUCGCAGCCUCACCGUGCCGGUCUUCGAAUUCCAGCGAUUGGGGGAAGAUGAACAGCGGUUCUUCAUUCUCCAGCCUGCUGAUGAUCAGACUUCGCAUGUUCGCUGCCACUUGGAUGUUAGCCCCUUCUUUGAAGCUCCGCCGUACAUCGCUGUGAAGAACGCUAGAGGGUAUCGCUUGUUGGAAGAUCCAAUCGAGGUGGAUGGCAAUGGCAUGAUCAUCUCUGCUGGAUUGGAGAGAUUUCUGAGGCACUACCGGAGCACUAUAACCAAGCCUACACGGCUGUGGGUCAGACACCUAUGUGUCGAUCAGCAGGAUGCCCGCGAACGGACUUCGUUCUGGACUCGCGACUGGUCCGACACAAUGUACGCGAUGGCCACAGAAGUCGUGGAUAUGUCUGCCUUCAAUGCAGAUCUCAUCGACAGAGGUAAGGUCCAGCAAGUUCACGAUUCCAGAUACAGUAGAUGGACCAAAGAAUGGUAUGGAGGGCUUGAAACCGUCACACUGCCGAAGGUCUAUCCGAUUCGCCCAGGUUCUGUGAUGAGAAAUUCAAGGAUUGAGGCACCGGUCGCGGAAUACCAAUAUAGCCCUCUGGAUCUGGUCGCAAAGGAGAUCCGGAUCAUUGUGCUUGUGCCAUCGGUCGACGUUACGGCGCCGAUUGUACUGGAUCUUGCGCACUGUCCGAUGAGAUGCGAGGUGAACUACGCUGCUCUUUCCUACAGGUGGGGCGUCAAUGACGAGGAAGGCAUGAUAACGCUCAACGGACAGAGGAAAUACGUAAGGAAGAACCUGGAGGAAGCUCUCAGGUCGAUACGACAUAAGGAAUGCUUACAACCGUUAUGGAUCGAUACCAUUUCCAUCAAUCAAGAAGAUUUGCCAGAGCGUAGCCGUCAGGUGCCUCCGAGUGACGACAGCGAUCUGGCGCUGCAGCUGAUCAGGGAGCUUCAGCAACCCAUGAUCAGGCUUAAUCCAGAUGGGGAGUGGCAUUUCGGUCAAUGGAGCUACAAUCCAGGGAAUGGGCCUACUUUUGGUGAGAACCACAUCAAGCCGCCACAGCUUGCACGUAUGUGUGCUGCAUUGUAUAAAUUUGUCACCCGGCCAUACUUCCGACAUAGCUGGGUGCUGCAAGAAAACGCAUUCGCUUCGAACCCGACCAUCGGCAUCGGCACGAACUACGACACAAAGUUCGAUCAGCUAGAUAUGGCUGCUUACAACUUCGAGUCUAUUCUCGGCAACGACCCGAGCAUGUCUACAUACAUGGCUUUCACCAAAGCUUGGAUAGCACAACACUCCAACUUGGACAUCGUUGGUGCUGUCGAAGCCUACGGCAGCGAGUCAUUCUACGCAGACGCACCUUCGUGGUGCCCGGAUUGGUCUACUCCGAGUACAGCAAGCUGUCUCAUCCGACGGGAGCGCAUUCCGAACAUCUUGAUGAUGGCAAUCAACAGCUUGGACGGCGUACUGUAUUCUGCAGAUGGUGGUAUCGAGCAAGCUGCUUUCGACGAACCGCUUUUUUACUUCGAUGAAGAUGUUCUCUGCUGUACCGGAAUCUUGCUCGACCAGGUGCAGUUUGUGCUAAAGGACGCACCUGAAAUGCCGGAUGGCACCUUGGUCCCUUUCAGCAGCGACCCGUACGUCUUUCACAAGUUCCAGACAUGGACGAAGGAGCUGGAUGACCAUUUCUCAACCAACGGCAUCAUGACUUACAAGGACAAUAUGCAAGCCGCUACUGCGAUGAUGCACGGUGACUGCACAGCGGCGUGGCCUCCUCGAGAUGAGAACCCAGAAAACUGCUCCGAGCUCCAUCCGGGCGAGAAGUAUGUCAGCAUUCGGCAAGACUCUCGGCACAUUAGACGCUAUGGAAGUGAAUACGAUAGGAGCGAUGCAUGGACAACCGUGAAGACUGUCCUGCGAGGCAGGAGACCCUUCGUGACUGACAGCGGUUACAUGGGCUUGCUGCCAUCAUAUACAAGCGUCUCAGACAAGCCGUGGCAUCUGGCCAUCUUCGCUGGCUGUUCUGUACCGUUGCUCUUACGAGAGCAGGACGAUGGGAUCUACAAGAUCUCUGGCACUUGA